CAGCCCCGCCGGGCUGUGACAGCCCCGGGACAGCACGGCCAGCACGGAUCCCCUUGCCUGCCGGGACGCCCUGCGGCCUCUCUGAGGAGCCAGCCCGCCUGCGGCCUCAGCGGAGCAGAGACAGCCCAACAUGGAGAACUGCACUGAGAGAGGUGCCCAUGGUAGCAUUGUGGUGCUUCAGCUGGUUGUGUACAUCCCAGUGCUCGCUCUGGGGAUCCCACUGAACGCAAUUGCCUUCUGGGUCUUCUGCUGCAAAAUCAAGAGGUGGACCGAGACCAAGGUGUACAUGAUCAACCUCAUCGUGGCAGACACUUCCCUGCUCUUCACCCUGCCUUUCCUGCUGUAUUUCACCAAGUACAAACAUCCCAUAGACCAGCUGUGUUUAGCCAUACAAAACAUCUGUUUUAUAAACAUGCCUAUGAGCAUCUUUAUCAUCACCCUGAUUGCAAUUGAUCGAUACAUUGCAAUCAAGUUCCCUCUAAAAGCAAAGAUCCUUCGAUCCCCACUGAAAUCAGCUUCUAUCUGUGGCUUUCUUUGGACAGCAAUGAUAACUUAUUCCAGUUUGUAUCACAUUCGUCGCCGUAGCUGGGAAGGUUGUUGCUUUUGGAAACAAUCUCUUCUACCUAGCUAUUCCUCUUUAGUCUACUGCAUCUGUGGGUAUUUUAUUCCCUUAGGGAUUGUGAUGUUCUGCUCAGUACAAGUCAUCAGAUGUCUAAAACAGAAGAUGGCCACAGGCCCUCAUGAGACAAAAUUAUUCCAGAAGGCCGUGCAGAUAGUUUCUGUGAAUUUGUGUGUGUUUGCUGUCUGUUUCUCACCCUUCCACAUCUCACUGCUCUUGCGGUUUGCAGUGGAAGUUGCUGGAGCUCAUUCUCUGAUGCCGGGAGUUGUAACCUGUAUUAAGGUCUCUGCAUGCUUAGCAAAUUGUAACUGCUGUCUGGAUGCAUUUUGUUAUUAUUUUGCAGCCAAGGAAUUUCCAGAGUUUUCUUCUAUGUUCCCCAAGUGUAUAUUUAUCAGGUCCAAGAUGAACAAAAGUGAGGAGUCACAGCCACCCACGGAUCAAGUGAUUCUAUGAACAAGGUGUAGUGCACAGCGGUGUUGAGUGCCACAAAGCUGCUCAAGUUCUGAGGCACAGGCAGUGGAACCACAUACAGUGUUUGCAAUCAUUGUAGGCAUGGGCAUAUGGACAAAAAGGGGCAAACCCCUCCAAAGGGUCUGAUGUUUACUUGAAUUUUGUCCUGCUGUCUUCAGUGACUUGACUCCAGCUCUGACUAUUGUCUUGUAUCGUUGCAUCGCAGCUCCAGGCACCACCUGGUGACAGCUUGUCUUGGUUGGCUUCAUGGUCCUUCACUUUCAGUGUCUUCUGACUUGUAAACCUCUAAAAAAUUUCCUCUUGGGACUGCAAGCUCAUAUUCUGCUGACGUAAACUUAGAGACAAUUAACUUCCUUAGUGACAACUGACAUAAAGUUCCCCUACAAGUCUGUCACCACGCAGCAGUGACACUGGUUCAGACCACAGUCUGAAACCACUGACUAGACCUUGGUGCAAUAAACACGCAAAGGACUGUUCCCGGCAGAGAAAGUGUCCCACAUCCAGGCAUUAGAUCCACCUGCUUUGUGUCAAUUCUUGGGCAACAACACGGCGGAAGCUGCAGUGAGCAACGGUGCCAUAAAACCAGAUGAAACUAUUCAGGUCAUUCAGCUGAUAACUCAUGUCCCAGUUUUCUUCCCUGGUGUGUUUUCUAAUGCUCUGGCAUUACUGGUGUUUCACUGCAAGCAGAGCAAGUAGCCUGUGUGUGUAUGUGACCAGUUUAACCAUUGCACACUGUUUAUUCCUCGUUCUGCCUUCUGAAUUAUCUUUUCAAAGGCAGGAAAAGAUAUGGGAGACAGUGCCUGAUCUUAUCAACCAUCUAUUGCUUAAGGAGAUGUGUGAGUGUUGUCACCCAUCAACAAAUAUGCUGCAAUUAACUACCCUCAGAAAGCAAGGGGCUUCUUGGCAGACAUCUCUUACAAUCCAGGCAAGUGGUGUUCAGCAAGG